CUCUCUCUCUCUUUUUCAUUUUAUUUAUUCUCUCCAUUUUCAUCUCUUUCAAACCCCUUGAGAAAUUUCUCGAUUACGUUCCGAUCUUUCAGAGCUCUCGGAUCCGUACGUAAUCGUGUACCUUUCUGUGUGUUAUCGUCUCUCGUUUUGACGUCAGAUUCGAGAUUCAGAGGUUCAGAUAAUGUCGUUGUUGAGCAGAGAGCUGGUGUUUAUCAUACUUCAGUUUCUCGAUGAAGAGAAAUUCAAAGAGUCUGUGCACAGGCUGGAGAAAGAGUCUGGAUUCUUCUUCAAUACGAAAUAUUUCGACGAGAAAGUGCUGGCUGGAGAGUGGGAUGAAGUGGAGAAGUACUUGUCUGGGUUCACCAAGCUUGAUGAUAACAGAUACUCCAUGAAGAUUUUCUUUGAGAUUAGGAAGCAGAAGUAUCUCGAGGCUCUUGAUAAGCAAGAUAAGGCCAAAGCAGUUGAGAUAUUGGAGCAGGACUUGAGAGUCUUCUCCACUUUCAACGAGGAGCUCUACAAAGAGAUUACUCAACUUUUGACUUUGCACAACUUCAGGGAAAAUGAGCAGCUUUCCAAAUAUGGAGACACUAAAACUGCUCGGGCCAUAAUGUUAGGCGAACUAAAGAAACUAAUCGAAGCAAAUCCUCUUUUCCGUGACAAAUUGACGCUCCCUACGUUGAGAUCUUCGAGACUGCGGACUCUGAUUAAUCAAAGCCUUAACUGGCAGCACCAGUUGUGCAAGAAUCCUAGGCCAAACCCAGAUAUUAAAACUCUAUUCAUAGACCACACAUGCGCAGUUCCCAAUGGUCCUAUGGCACCUUCACCAGUCAAUCAGCAGCCAGUUACACCUUUGACAAAGCCAACAUCUUGUUCGUGGCUUGGAGCUCAUGAUCCCUUUCCUCCUGGUGCUGCUAAUGCUGGCCCUUUAGCUAGUUGGAUGGUUCCUGCCUCUGGUGCUUCUACUGUCCAAGCUGCCGUUGUCACUCCUGCCUCUAUUCCUCUUACUCAGAAUCAAGUGUCAGUCUUGAAGCGACCACCAGCAACUCCAGGUGUAGUAGAUUAUCAGAAUCCCGAUCAUGAACUAAUGAAGCGUCUCCGCCUUGCCCCAUCUGUAGAGGAGGUGACAUAUCCUGCACCUAGGCAGCAUGCUCUAUUGUCGCUGGAACACUUGCCGCUAAAGACGGCUCUAGCGUUGCACCAAGGGUCCGCUGUGACAAGCAUGGAGUUUCACCCUAUGAAAAAUACGUUACUUCUUGUCGGAUCUUCCACCGGAGAAAUCACAUUAUGGGAACUAGCUGGUCGAGAGAAGCUGGUUUCAAGGCCAUUCAGAAUAUGGGAUAUGGCUAAUUGCUCACCUCCCCUUCAGGCUUUUAUAGCUAAUGAAACACCAAUGUCUGUCACCCGCGUUGCAUGGAGUCCAGAUGGAAACUUCAUUGGGGUUGCAUAUACGAAACAUCUUAUUCACUUGUAUGCUUUCUCUGGACCUAACGAGCUUAGCCAGCAUGCUGAGGUUGAUGCCCAUGUGGGUGCUGUGAACGACUUGGGUUUCGCUAAUCCAAACAGACAGCUGCGUGUAGUUACUUGCGGAGAUGAUAAGCUAAUCAAGGUAUGGGACAUUUCAGGUACGAAGCAUUUUACCUUUGAAGGUCACGAAGCUCCUGUCUAUUCCAUUUGCCCUCAUCAAAAAGAGAACGCUCAGUUCAUAUUUUCAACGGCCAUAGAUGGCAAAAUAAAGGGCUGGAUUUUUUAUGAUAAUGUGAGUUCAAGAUUUGAGUAUGAUGCUCCCGGUAAAUGGUGUACUACAAUGCUUUAUAGCGCUGAUGGGACCAGGUUGUUCUCUUGUGGAGCGAGUAAAGAUGGACAGACUUUCCUAGUUGAGUGGAACCAAAGCGAAAGAGAAAUUAAAAGGAACUAUCUUGGGUUUCAGAAGAUGUUGGUUGGUAUGGUUCAUUUUGAUACCUCAAAGAACCACUUCCUGGCUGUUGGUGAAGAUAGGCAAAUCAAGUUCUGGGAUAUGGACAACAGCAAUGUUCUUACUAGCACUGAUGCUGAGGGUGGACUUGCGGCUCUUCCUCGUUUGAGGUUUAACAGGGAAGGAAACCUUCUAGCUGUUUCUACGGCAGACAACGGAUUUAAGAUCCUAGCAAACCAAGCUGGUUUCCGAUCUCUGUCAGCCGUGGAAACUUCAGCUUUAGAAAAUAUGAGGACUCCAGCCGAUUCUUCUUUACUUACAGCUGUUCCUGUUACUCCUGUUCCUCCUCCUGUUGCUCCUGUCAGCUGUAAAGUUGAACCUGUCAGCUGUAAAGUUGAACCUGUCAUCUGUAAAGUUGAACGAGGCUCUCCUGUUAGACUCUCACCAAUGCUGAAUGGAGUUGAUCCCCCAAAGCCAAGAAUCGAUGAGUUUGAAGACAAACCAGAACCUUGGCAAGUAGCUGAAAUCUUGGACCCUGCCCAGUGCCGCCAGGCCACUUUACCUGAUAUCACUGAUAUUUCCACAAAGGUCGUUCGUCUGCUGUAUACGAAUUCCGGCGAUGGAAUCUUGGUGCUAGGUUUUAACGGUAUUCAGAGGCUCUAUAAGUGGGUUCGCAACGAGCAAAACCCUAGUGGAAAGGCAACUGCCGCUGCUGCUCCUCAGCAUUGGCAACCAAACAGUGGUCUUCUCAUGACCAACCAUGUCUCUGGUGUAAACCGUGAAGAGGCCAACCUAUGCAUCGCUCUCUCUAAGAACGACUCAUACGUCAUGUCUGCUGCUGGAGGAAAAGUUUCCUUGUUCAACAUGAUGACUUUUAAGGUGAUGGCAACAUUCAUGCCAACUCCACCGGCAUCAACAUUUUUGGCGUUCCAUCCUCAGGACAACAACGUCAUUGCCAUUGGAGUGGAGGACUCCACGAUUCACAUCUACAAUGUCCGAGUGGAAGAGCUCAAAACAAAGCUAAGGGGUCACCAGAAACGCAUCACUGGCCUAGCAUUUUCCCCACACCUCAGUAUGUUGGUUUCAUCUGGUGCUGAUGCGCAGAUAUGCUUUUGGAGCAUUGUCACAUGGGAGAAGAGAAAAUCAGUUGCAAUACAAAUGCCAGCAGGAAACGCCGCGAGUGGAGACACGCGUGUUCAGUUUCAUGUGGAUCAGAUCCGUGUCCUCGCAGUCCACGAGACACAGCUAGCGAUUGAUGCUUACAGGAUGGAAUGUAUCCGACAGUGGAUUCCUCAACACUCGUUGUCUUCUCCUAUAUCUUCAGCAGUGUAUUCAUGUGACAGCCAGUUGAUCUACACCACUUUCCGUGAUGGUAACAUUGGGGUGUUCGACGCAGACACACUUAGAUUAAGAUGCCGUAUCUCUCCAUCCGCCUACUUGCCUCAAGGGAACCAAGGUUUGUCCCCUUUAGUUGUGGCAGCUCACCCGCAAGAGCCAAACCAGUUUGCGGUUGGUUUGAAUGACGGGUCAGUUAAGGUGAUCGAAACCGACUGAGGCUGAAGGCGAGUGGGGGAUGGUUCCACCCUCUGAAGCAAUCGACACUUCACCAUCCACCUCAAGCAACUAAACUCCAGAACAGUUACAAAGACGAACAAAAGUUUUGUGACUUAUAUCCAUGUUAUGAAUCUCAAUUCUCUCCAUAUUGGUUGUUUUGUUAGUGUUGUUGAUUUUUAUUUAGGUUUAGGCGGUGCUUUUAGAUUUUCUAAAAUAUAGCCUAAGUUUUAAGAUUGUUAAGAUACCUCAAUUGGUAAGAUACAAAGUUUCUAUAACUA